ACUUAUAUGAGAGGGGAGUGACUCGUUAUCCAUCUUUGGAGGCCGGGCCUCACAGGGACAUCAGCCCAAAACGCCGCAGUCCCUACUGGCGUUCAGUACAGCGGUCCCAUGGUGGAUAAGCGGGCGACCACGCUGCCGUCCAAGUACAACGGGAAGACAAACAUCACCUCUUGGAUUAGUUCCAUGAGGUCGUACUUCGAGGUUAUGCGGACACCGCAAGAGGACCGAAGUAUGAUCAUGGGGACUAAUACUGAGCCCGCCGUACGAAACCACAUUGAGCUCCAAGCUGUCGCAGCAGACUAUGAACGCAUAGACUUGACUGAUUGGCUGAAGGUCACCCCUGUCCGCGCCCUUGAGGAUCUUCUCCUUGACCGGUACCGAGAUAAACAUGAUGCGCUCAAGGCUAGGCUGAAACUUGAGGCCCUCAAGGGCCAAACAUGGAGGUCGUCCAUGCAGGCUUUGGAACAGCAGUUGAUCGGUCUGUUCACCACUCCGGAUCUGGGAAUGAAUGACGUAUCUUGUAUGGAUGUACUCAUGGGAGUGGCCCCUAAAGAAUACCUCUCCCUGCUAGCACUCAAGGACCAUGCCACCUGGCGAGAGCUCAUGAAGGACCUAGUCGACCUAGAGGCCAAAGACCUCGCUAGGCGAAAGAAGGCGCCCGCUGCAGGUGGGAAACCACAACGCAAGCGGUUUGGAAGCAGCAACCAGCUUGCAAUGCAUGAUCAUCGGGAGGCUGACGAUCAGUCCUAUUCGGAUGAUCUGUCUCUAGAUGACGAUUUAGAGCCGGACUCCGAUAUGGGUUGUUCCACAUUAGCCAUUGAGUGUGGCAGAAAUGAUGAUGAUAAACUUAAUGCAUUCAGAAAGACUGCUUCAAAUAAGGGGCCUAACCAUGGUUCAGGCCUGGGUAUGAAGCAAGUGGAACUGCAGAACCCUUGCCGGACUCAGGUGGGCAACCAAGAGGUUGUCACUUCCACUCAUGCUAUCAAAGGUGUGCACAUCACCUUUGACAAAAAAAACACUGUCACACAUGAGCUGAAUUUCUAUCUCCUGGAUAAGUGUCCUUUCGACGCGGUCAUUGGCUUGGGCUGGCUAAAGGCUCAUUGCCUAAGGACCACGUGGGCGGACAAUCAGUUCGUGGUAAUCGAUGCCAAGGGGAACGAGCGUACCGUCUUAUUAGAUGAGACGCGCGAGUCCCCUGUGACUCUUCUAAGUGCUAACAAAUUCUGCAGGUCAGUGCGCAGGCGCAAGGAAGUUGAGUUUGUACAUAUAGCCCUUGUAAAACCAUUCCAUGUGCCUUCUACUUUUGCUGCAUUUUCUACCUCGGUAAGUAACUCUACUUCUAAUUCAUCUACUUCUACUGUGAAUAAUCCUUCUACUUCUAAUCCGGUUCUGAUUGCUGUAAAUCCUCAGUCUAAUUUUCUUUCCCCUGAUGAGGAUGAUCCUCCACCAGAAAUCCCAACAAACAUUCGCCAACUAUUGGAUCGAUUCCCUGAAGUUUUGGCCGAACCUCGUGGAUUUCCCGAGCGUCCGGUCAAACACAAAAUUGAGAUAAUAGAGGGGAGUGUUCCUCCAAAGGGCUGCGUCUACCGUAUGGGACAAGGCGAGUUGGAGGAGUUGAGACGGCAGAUUGAUGAUAUGAUUGAUCGUGGAUGGAUUAGGCCUAGCGAGUCUGAGUUUGGCGCACCUGUUUUGUUUGUACCAAAGAAAGGAGGCAAACUCUGGAUGUGUAUUGAUUAUCGUGGCCUGAAUCGAAUCACCCGAAAGAAUGCGUAUCCUUUGCCUUGCAUUGAUGAUCUGCUAGAUGCGGCAGGUGGGUGCAAGGUUUUCUCCAAGAACGACCUCAAGUCUGGCUACCACCAGAUUGAAGUUGAUCCGAGCGACCAGCACAAAACUGCGUUCAAGACAUGCGAUGGGCUAUACGAAUUCAUCGUUAUGCCCUUCGGUCUGACGAAUGCACCGGCCACAUUUCAGUGCCUCAUGGACAAGGUACUCCGCCAUCAGCUUAACAGGUUUGUGGUUGUGUAUCUUGAUGACAUUCUGAUUUUCAGCAAGUCCAUGGAUGAGUACGUCAAACAUCUUGAAGAGGUUUUGCAAGUCCUCAAAGAAGCUCAACUGCACCUCAACUUGGAAAAAUCUGAGUUUGGUUGGGACAGUGUCAUCUAUCUCGGACACCGGUUGUCUGCAAACGGCCUUGAGCCGGAGGCAACCAAGGUUGAGGUCAUUCAAAACUGGCCUCAACCGGCGAAUGUACGCGAAUUGCGUUCUUUUCUCGGUUUGGCUUUUUAUUACCGGAAAUUUGUACCCAAAUUUUCUAUUAUUGCUCACCCGCUCUCAAGACUAACCAGCAAGAAUGUUGCCUAUGCAUGGUGUGAGAAGUGUGAGUCUGCGUUCCAAGCCUUGAAAGAGGCAUUGGUGAGUCAUCCUGUGCUUCGCAUUGCAGACCCCAACCUCACGUUUGUAGUUACUACGGACGCGAGCCAGUUCGGGAUUGAUGCAGUGCCGCAACAAGAUGAUGGUGAUGGCCUGCGUCCGCUCGAGUAUUACAGCAAACGCAUGCCCAGCUACAAGGUAGCUACUUCCACAUAUAUGCGUGAGCUUUACGCCCUGCGCGAAGCCGUCGCACAUUGGAAGCAUUACCUCUUGGGUCGCCACUUCAAGGUCUACUCUGAUCAUCAGACCUUGCAGUGGAUUCAGUCACAAUCUAAACUCUCUCCUACAUUGACCCGUUGGUUGCAUGACAUUGAUGUCUACAGUUUUGAGUUGAAACACAAGAAAGGCUGUUAUAACCGUGUUGCUGAUGCUUUGUCGCGCCAUCCCGAGUAUUUGACUUGCCUUGUGGACUCUUACGACCUCCGGAGGAAUCUGAAGGAGGAGCUGGUCGAACACACUGCCAAGGAUCCGGACCUUAGUCCCAUCCUUGAGCAGCUCAAGGCUGACCCCAACAGUCAGCCUGAUUUUUACGAAUGCGAGGGUCUUGUCGUUCGCCGGUACGGAAAGUUUGAUCGUUUAUGUGUUCCCAACCAUGCACCUCUCCGGACUCACUUCUUAGAUUUGGCACAUGGUCGGAGUGGACACUUCGGCUUCGAAAAGACAUAUGGGAGUCUUUUGCAGCAGUUUGAUUGGCCGAGAAUGAAGGGAUCUGCUCAGAAAUUCAUCGUUGAGUGUCAAGUCUGUCAAAGAACAAAAGUCCACAGGCAUAAGCCUUAUGGCCUGCUGAGACCCCUACCAAUUCCUGAUGGUCCCGGGGAAUCGGUCUCUAUCGAUUUCACGGACAUGAGAAAGGUGAGUGCAGCAGGGAAUUCACAAGUUAUGGUGAUUGUGGAUCGCGUUUCUAAAUUUAUGAACUUGAUCCCUCUACCUCCUCAUGCACCAACUGAGCUAGUAAUUGAAGAAUUUCACCAACAGUACAUUCUGCAGUAUGGACCCCCGAAAUUUCUUGUGAGUGAUCGGGAUACCAGAUUCAUCGGCGCCGAUUGGAAGGACUUCACGUCGCAGAUCUAUGACAUUAAACUGAACAAGACUUCUGGUCGACAUCUUGAAGCCAAUGGAUUGGCUGAGGAGAUCAACCAGACUGUCAUCCAACUACUCCGCGCAUUGAUUGUUCCAGAUCAGAACACGUGGGACAAAGAGAUGCACAAGGUAAAGGGACUGUAUAACAAUUUCAUUCACUCUGCAACUGGCGUGACACCAAACCAACUGCAGUAUGGAUGGCCGAUGCGCAAUCCCCUCUCCUAUCUGUUCCCCAAACGGUCACCUGGUCUGAUGCCUGGCAUGCCUGGCUACAAUGCCAAGUACGCACGCUUGCUCAAAGCUGUCACUGCAGCCAUGAACAAGCGCCAGCAUGCCAUGAUCAAACAUGCUAACAAGCUGCGCAGGGCAGAAAAGUUCAAAGUUGGGGAUUAUGUUUGGGCGAGUCACGAAAGCUUCUUCCACUGUACUACGGCCCUUGGCAGAUCUUGAAGGUGAUUGGGGAUGAUUUCGUUCCUUCGUAUGUGACUGACGUGUCUCCUCAUCUGCGCACGUAUCCAAUCUUCCAUGCCUCCAAAUUGUUCCCACACAUUGAUGAUGAGACCUUUCCCUUCCGAGACCCUAUGAUACCUCGCCCUAUUGACGGCGGCCAUGAGAUUGACAAAAUCGUUUCUCACGAAGGGAGAGGGAGAAACAGACAGUACAAGGUUCACUUCCUCUACCAUCCGUUGAACGAAUUCUUCUGGAUCGACCAGAAAGAGCUGCUGAAGAGUGCUCCACGUGUUGUGAACACAUAUGAACGACAAAUUGCUGAUGGACAAACCGCUAAGUUUGCUGCAAAACUCACUCCGUUCGGUCUCACUAACACUCUCGUUUUGAUCUAUGCCUACGAUGCCUUUUGUACCGACUCUGACCGAGUUACUCGCUCGAAGGGACCUCGCUCUCGAGAGGGGAGUAAUGUAAUGACCCGCCAAAAAACAUAGACUGGGAACACUUUUGAUUUAUGAGAUUUGUCAAUGGAAUGAAUGCCUUGUUGUGAU